ACCGGUCGGGGCAUCGUACAGCUGAAUCUUCUUUCAAGCUCUUUUUCUUCUGCAUUGAGAAUACAGGAAGCUCAAGUGUGAAACUCAAGUCAUCGAAAAUACCACACGGCCUGUCGUCAUCAAGAUAGCACGGCGAAGGGCCGGGACUCCAGCAGCCAGAGAGGAAACAAAUUCAACAGAAGAAGGGGAACCAGAAGGAGAGACGAGGCAGGAUUGCACUAAAAGGACUGAGCAGCAGGCAGGGACCCCGCCAUGCUUCAGAGAUGGGGGAGGUGGUGAUAAAGCAAGGCUUCCUGUACUUUCAACAACAGCAGACUUUUGGGAAGAAGUGGCGGCGAUUCUGGGCUGUCCUGUAUGGAGAGUCCAGCUGUUCCUUGGCCCGGCUCGAGCUUCAGGAGGGCCCUGAGAAGCCCCGGCGGGGAGAGGCUGCCCGGCGAGUCAUCCGCCUCAGCGACUGUUUGCGGGCAGCUGAGGCUGGAGGGGAGGCUGGCAGCCCUAAGGACACCAGCCCCUUCCUGCUGGAGACCACGGAGCGCUUAUGCCUUCUAGCCGCUCCCACCCUUGAGCGCAGCGACUGGCUCCAAGCCAUUUGCCACCUGGCUUUUCCGUUGCAGAGAAUAGAACGGAGGGAGCCAGGAGGGCAGGAUGGCUCGACUUCAAAGCAGCAUGACUUGCCGUGCAUGGAAGAGAAUGCCUUGUAUAGCUCUGCACCCUCAGUGAUCCCAAAGAAGGAUUUUGUUGUGACUGUGAGACCCACAGAAGCAAGUGAACGGUGCCGACUUCAGGGGUCUUAUAAACUUCGGGCAGGAGAGAGUGCCCUCGAACUUCGGGGUGGCUCUGAACCAGGAGCUGUAUUGUAUACCUGGCCUUAUAGAUUCCUUCGGCGAUUUGGGAGAGAUAAGGUCACAUUUUCCUUUGAGGCUGGCCGUCGCUGUGUCUCAGGGGAAGGGAACUUUGAGUUUGAAACUCGUAAGGGCAAUGAGAUCUUUUUGGCUCUGGAGGAUGCUAUUUCUGCCCAGAAGAACUCUGCCUCUUUUGGAACCUCUGCUCAACCAACCGCAGUAUCAUCAUCCUUACCAGUACUUGAAAGCCCAUAUUCCCGACCUCAUGACUCCCUCCCCCCACCAUCCCCAACCAUUCCUCCUUCCCGUUAUUCCAGGCCCCCAGAGGGUGAGUAUGCUGUACCCUUUGAUUCAGUGGCUAGGUCCCUAUUGGGGAAUAGCCCUAGGGAAGUACUGCCCACCCCUCCUCAGCCCAGAGUGGACCCACUCUAUGACUGCAUUGAGGAACAGCUCCUGCAUCACCCUGAUCACAUCUAUGAUGAACCAGAGGGAGUGGCUGCCUUAUCCCUGUAUGACAGCCCCCAGGAACCCCAGGGGGAGGCCUGGAGGACACAGGCCAAAGCUGAUGAUGGUCCCAGGGGACCCUACAAAGGUGGCCUUGGGGACUUCUUGGGGGCUACUCUGUCUGGCUGGUCUGAGGGAGCUGAGUAUGACAACGUGGUCCUCAAAAGGGGCCCAAAAUGAUGGCAAAGAUGGAAAAUUCAGAGUCCAGCCCUCAGGAUGCUCAUGGACCUUUAUCUUUGAGGGGAUGGGAAAGGGUUGAAGGGAGAGUUUGAAUGAACUCUUUCUCUCCCAGCCUUCUCUAAUGGCUCCUCCCAGCCUCACAAUGAUCCUCCUACCAUUUUAGGAGUAGAGAAAAUUCCUCUUUAGGCUCUUUCCACCCAGUGUUUGUAGAAUGAGUCAGUAUCCUGAAGCAAAAAAGGAUGAAAAGAGCUCCUCCUCCUCCUCUUCCUCUUUCCCUUUCCUCCCCCAUAGGAAGGGCCACCUUGAAGCAGAACUCUUUCUUCCCUUAUCUCUUAGUUUGUACCCACUUCCUGUGAGCUAAGGGGACCCCCCCAGCAUUGUAAAAAUCUCACAGGCAACCCCUUCCUUGGUGCUGAGGAAGUUGGCUACAGUUUCUGUGAUUCUUGGACAAUUCUCUGGUAUUAAAACCCAUCUCCAAGAUGUCUAUGUGUGGCAUGAGUACUGUGGGGAAGGUAAGGGAUGUGGUGCUGUCAAGGGAAAUAUUUUCUCCUAAGAAGUCCUUUUCCCACCAAGGUUCUCCCUAGGAUAGGCAACAUGGUAAGUGCUGUACUGACUGGCAUCAGAAGACCUGGGUUUGAAUUCUGUCUUUGAUCCUACUGCCGGUGUGACCUUGGUCAAGUCAUUUAACCUUUUUGGGCCUCAGUUUCCUCAAAUACAAAAUGAGAUGGUUAAGGUAGAUGGCUUCUCAUUUGCCUUCCAGCUCUAGAUCUGUGAUUGUUUGACUCCUUAAGUCUUGAAUCUUUUCUCUUAGGUAUCCCAUAUAUAUCUAUUUAUGUGCAUAUUAUCUCUCCCACUGGAAUCUAAUUUUCUUGAAGAUAAGGGACUAUUUUUGACUUUUUUCUUUAUAUCUAAUCUAAUCUAUCUAAUAUAAUAUCUAAUAUCUAUAUCUUAUACCUAUCUAAUCUAUAUCUAAUAUUUGGCACCUUUAUGUUAUUGUUAUUUUUUUAAUCGUGUUCGAGUCUUUAUGCCUCCAUUUGGGGUUUUCUUAAGCAAAGAUACUAGAGUGCUUUGCCAUUUCCUGCUCCAGCUCAUUUAACAGAUGAGGAAACUGAGGCAAACAGGAUUAAGUGACUUGCCCAAGGUUACAUAGCUGGUAAGUGUCUGAGGCCAGAUUUGAACUCAGGAAGAUGAAUCUUCCAGACUUUAGGCCUGGUACUCUACCCACUGUGACACCUAGCUAUCCCAAACUGGCACCUAGUAAGCAAUGAAUUAAGUAAUUCUCUGAUACCUGGUAAUCACUUAAUUCCUACUUGAUUAAACACUUGACUGAUUGAUGGGAAACAGGUGAGCUGCUGCUAUGCCAGGUCCUUUCCUUUCACCCCAAGCAUGGGACUCUUUAUUCUGACUUCUUUCUUCUGGGUUCCAGUCAAAAAUGUCAUCCUAGGGAUUUCCACUGGACAGCAGACCAGGUGGUAGUCCCACCUAAGUCCAGAAGGGGCCAGUGUUGGAUCAUGGUAGAAGCUUCCAGGGGCUCAACAGCUGCUUGGGGAUUUGGUCCAGGAAAAAGCCACCAUCAAAACUCCGGGAACUUGCAUUCAGGAGCUAGCUAUUGCAGAUCCAUAAAACCAGAUCUAAAGGCCUGGGGACUCUUGCUUCCAAGCCGUUGCUUGCCUUCUCUCACCUCAUUGCCUAUCUUCAAGUCCUGUUCUGAAGAUCUAGAACUUCUGUUUUUUGUCUUUGUCUUUGUCUUGCUUUGUUUUUUAACUAAUUUGUGUUUUCCCUCUCCAUAUUCAGAUUUUCUUUUCCUUUCCAUUUCAAAUGGAUAGUGUGGGAAUUUGGGGAAUAAAUGUUGGUAGAGGAUAGUAGAGUGAGGAAACUGGGAGAAUCAAUAGAAUAAUGGGACAACAGGACACCAUUUUUAUGGAAUACUUGUACCAUGCUCUCCUGUCCUGGUUAGUAACUCUGUCUUUGUCCUAACCCUGUACUUUGGUGCAUUGUCCUAGUGAUGAACCCUAAAACCCUGAUGAUGCCUUCUUAUAUUGUACUCUGGCCAAGUAGUGCAAUGGAUAGAGCAAGGGACCUUGGAGUCAAAUCCUUCCUCCCAAUACUUACUAUCAGUAUGAUUCUGGAUGAGUCCCUUAACUCAUCUGUGAAAUGGGGAUAAUAAUAGUACCUACCAAAUAAAAUGACACUAGUAGAGUGCUUUGCAAACUUGAAAAGACUGUGUGAAUGCUAUUAUAUCCCAGUACUUUGUUUUAUUUGGAGUCUGGCUGCUAUGUCCUUCUACUGUUUUCUGGUGUUUUAUCCUGGUGUUGUUUCCUAGUGUUGUGUCCCAGAUCUGUGACUUGGCAGCGUGUCUCAGUGCUGUGCCCUGGCUUUAGGUCCUGGCUCUGUAUCCUGUUGCUAUGCUCCAGUGUUGCCUUCUGGCACUGUGUCCCAUUGUUGAAAUUUGGCACCUUGCUUUAGGAUUGAGUCCCAGGACUGUAGCCUCAUAACUGAUCCUGGUGCUGAACCUUGGUGCAGUAUCCUGAUGUUCCAGGAUCAUAGAUUUAAAACUAGAAGGUAUCUUUGAGGUCCGACUUCUUUUUAUGGUUGAGGGGAAACUGAGGCCCAGAUAUGAUAAGUGACUUUCCCAAGGUCAUAUAGGAAGUAAGUGAAAGAAUCAGGAUUUGAAUUCCAAAUUUAGAUCUCCCUCCCUCCCUGCUUCCCUCUUCCCCCUCUUUGCUCCUUGUAGGCAUUGACUGCUUUUUGCUUUUUCUUGGUAUCUCUAAUCCUUAUCACAGUGUAUGGAACAUAAUGAGCACUUAAUAAAUACUUGUUUGAUUGCUUCCCUGAUUUGGGUUUAAGGUUGGGUGGUGGUGAUGGGGAAGAAUACUGGGCCUCUUCUUGGGCAGGGAGCAUUAAAGUUCUUUUAUUCUGUAUUGGUCAUAACAAUGGUAUCCAGAUUAACAUUCAGCAAAAUCCAACAGAUAGCUUCAGUUCAAGAUUAUCUUUAUUCUUUUGACUACAUUCCUGCUACUUUCAUCAAAGGUCCUUGGCCCCAUUCCAUUAACUGACAUAAAGUCGGAAAACUUCCUUUAAUUCUUGGUGAAUCCCAAUGAUUAGAAUCCCUUCAGCUUAUUUCAGGGGCCCCACGCAACAAAAUCAAUUUUUUUUUUAAACCCUUACCUUCCGUCUUGGAGUCAAUACUGUAUAUUGGCUCCAAGGCAGAAAGGUGGUAAGGGCUAGGCAAUGGGGGUCAAGUGACUUGCCCAGGGUCACACAGCUGGGAAGUGUCUGAGGCCAGAUUUGAACCUAGGACCUCCCAUCUCUAGGCCUGGUUCUCAAUCCACUGAGCUACCCAGCUGCCCCCCAACAAAAUCAAUUUUAAGAACAACUCUAGAUGUGUGAAUUUGGCAUGGAAAUGCUUUCAACAGCCUACUGCCAUCUUCCUGGUUGGAAAGGAAUUGAGCCUGGGACCUAGAACAAAAAUAUUAAGUGAAGCCUAGGGUAUUUUUGUUCUAAUCUCCUGCCGUAUACCUGCCAGUAGCAAUAUCUCUCAGAUCUUUGUUUAGCAUGCCUGCCAGUGAACAAACCUCAAUGGUUUCCCUACAUGUUGUAUCAUGGUGUUUUACUCUGCUGUUGUGCCCUAAUGCUACAUCUCAUCAAUAUAUUCUGGCUUUGUCCCCUCUUGAUGGUUUAUAGGUAUCACUCUUUAAUAAAACUUGGUACAAAGUUUUGGUCAUUGUAGAACAGAUACAGUCCUGCAGAUUAACUAUAAACAGUCCAAUAUGUAUCAAUAUAAACUUCUGUAUCUUAUAUAAUUUUGUAUGUCCUCAUAGGAUAAUGUGAAUACCCUAAAAAGUAGAAUAUAUUUUUAGUGGUUAAAUUGAUAAAUGUACUAAAAAACUAACCAAUUGACUUAUUUAACAUUUUUCUUGGCACCUCUGAUGGUCAGAAAACCAUUCUAAGUGCUGUGUGUGAGAUAUAUGGAUUAAAAACACAAAAUUUUAUUUUUAAACUUCUAAAAUGGACAUAUUUUUGUUUUUUUUUUUAAGUUUCCUUUCACUCACUUUCAUUAAAUUUUUUUUUUUACCUUCCAUCUUAGAGUCAAUAUUAAGUAUCAAUUCCAAGGCAGAAGAGCAGUGAGGGGUAGGCAAUUGGGGGUAAAUGACUUGCCCAGGGCCACAGAACUAGGACAUGCCUGAAGCCAGAUUUCAACUAAGACCUCCCUUCUCCAGGUCUGGCUCUUUAAGUCACCUAGUUGCUCUUAUCACCUUCUUUUCUAGACAUUCUACUUGUGGGGCCAUCCUUUAUAAAAAAGUAAAAAAGAAAAAGAUUAAAAAAAUUUUUUUCAGCAAAACUAAUCAACAAGUCAGUCUAAUAAUAUAUGCUCUGUUUCAUUCUUUACUUCUACAAAGAAGGGAGAGAAAUCUCAUCUCUUCUUCAGGGCAGGCUUUGUUAUUAUAAUCACAUAAUAUUUCUUUUUUUUUCCGUAUUGGUUUUAAGGUAGAAAAGCAAUAAGGGCUAGGCAAUAGGGGUUAAGUGACUUUUCAGGGUCACAUGGCUAGAAAGUGUCUGAGACUGGAUUUGAACCUAGGACCUCUCCUCUCUAGGCCUGGCUCUCAAUCCACUGAACCAGCCAGCUGCUGCCCAUUUUCUUGCUUUUGCUUACCUCACUUUGUGUUAGUUUGUGUAAGGCUUCUCAUGCUUCCAAGUUCCAGUUUGCAAAACAUUUUAAAAAAAAAACCUCUUACCUUUCAUUAUAGAAUCAAUACUGGGUAUUGGUUCCAAGGCAGAAGAGCACUAAGGGCUAGACAAUGGGGUUCAAGUGACUUGCCCAGGGUCACAUAGUGUAAGGGAACAUAGUGUCACAGGGUCACAGUGUAAGGGUUAAAAUUAAUGGUUUGAUUAAAAUAUAUGAAAAUUAUAAAUAAUAAUGGUGGUUGCUGAUUCAAAGUAUUAUUGCUCAAAGUCAAAACGACCUUUAAUAGCUUUUAUUUACAAAAGAGGUGGAAAGAGUGAAAGUAGAGAAAUACAAAAGGGUAGAGAAGACAACAUCUAACUAAAUAUUGCUUGGGUGCUCAAUACAGCCAGGACUUGUUGACCUUCAACCAGAAUUAAACUCUCUCCAGAAGACAGGAAAAGAAAGCUAGCUAUAUCCACUCAUCCAACUUCCCUCCAAAAGGCAGGUUAAGAUGAUGACUCUGAAGGUGACUCCUGAGGCCAACUUUCUUCUUUAAGCUAACUUUCUUCUUGAAGCUGCCUCCCUUCUUGAAGCUGAACUCCUCUUGAAGCUCACCUCUCCAGCCCCAGAAAUUCAGGGCCUUUUAUUAUGGCUUCAUGUCCCUUCCCCUCUUCAAAAGCUCCAAUCACAGCUUCCAAAUUGCCCAGCACUGCCCAGAGGGGCAGUGUCUGUGGGAUCCACUUCUCACCUUCUGGAGGUGUGAAUUCUCAUCAAAAGGGCUCAGUUUUCCUGGCUGAUUGAGUUUCUGAGUGUGUGAAUUCUCUAAGUGGUUUGUGAGCUCCUCCACCUAGUUCAAGUUGUGUUUAUUCAAUCAGAAGGUAGACAAAGGAAAGUCAAUCCUGUCUUUACAAUAUAGUGAGGUAUUAAGUAGGGGUUCUUAAGUUAUUGUUAAACAAAGGGUUAACUCCAACUAGGCAAAAAGAAUAAAGGAUUCCCCUUUUACAAGUGUAAACUCAGAAUAGACAAAGAGAACAAAGGAUUCCUUUUAUAAUAGGAAGUGUUUGAGUCCAGAUUUGAAUCCAGGACCUCCUGUCUCCAGGCCUGGAUCUCAAUCCACUGAGCCACCUAGCGGUCUCCAACAAAACAUCUUUUUCCAAGGGCUCCAAGUCUAAUAAGUAAAAUAUAUAAAAGUACAAACGAAGAUAAUAUAAGGUAGAAUGAGAGAAAGGCAAAAGUGGCCCUUAAAUAAACAUAAAUAGAAAUAUCUUCAACAUUUUUGGUUUGGUUUAUCAUUAAGCAAUUCAGGUCAUGUUGGCAGUUUUAAAUGCUAGUAGUUAACAGAUAUAUUAAUUGUUCCAAAAUUAUCACUUGACAUACAUGAAUUCAAAUUUGACCUCAGACACUGGCUGUGUGACCCUGAGCAAGUCAUUUAACCCUGUUUGCCUCAGUUACCUCAUCUAAAAAAUGAACUGGAAAAGAAAAUGGUAAACCAGUUCAGUAUCUUUGCCAAGAAAAUCCAAGAAUUGGCACAACCCAAAUGACUGAACAACAACAACAUAUGUAUAUAUGUGUGCAUGUAUACCUAUAUUUAUCUAGAUAUAAAUGAGAUAUAGUGUGUCAUAGUGGCUACAGAGCUAUUCUCAAAUCUACCAAACAACAUAUAUUAAUUAAGGGCCUACUAUAUACCAUAUUAGGUGUUGGAGAUCUGAAAACAGUGAAUAUAAUAAUCUCUGUUCAGAGGGACAUCUGUGUUUCAGAGCAGCUUCUGACACUUACAACUGUGUGACCUUGGGUGGACAACAACUUCUUUGUGUAUUAUGGCCAUUUCUGAGGCUAUUAGUUAUAGUGAUGGUAUUGACCUGAUUUGGUAGAAGGCAUUUCUUCAUCUGGGAGUUCCCUCUAUCUACAAAAUCACAGGUCUAGACUUUAUUGCUAUGGUGGUAUGAAUACAAAUUUGUCUUAAAGGAUAAAAUAUCUGUUUUUAUAUUUUUUGAAGAACACACUCCAUUUUGUAGAAUAGUUGCUUGGCAUUUUUAAUUCUUUUGCUUAAUAUUUCAUGUUUCCAUUCCUUCUUGUUACAAAAUGCUCUAAGAAAUUUGAGGAAGGAGAGACGGCUUUUCCUCUUUCUGUAUCCCUAGUACUUAACACAGUACCUGGUACAUAGUAAGUGCUUAAUAAAAGAUUUUUUUUGACUAAGUAUUGACUGAUCUCCAUAUAGUUGAUUUCCAAGUUUUAGUGCCCAUCGCAAAUUUCCUACCAAAAGUCCAGUUCCACAUUGAUGAGUGUUUGCUGUACAUUUUGACCUGGCUGCCUCAUUGACAUCUCCAACUCAACAAAUCAUAGAAGGCACCCAUCUCCCCCACUAAACUGGCCACUUCUCCAGACUUCCAAAUAUCUGUGGAAAGAACCUUAGCAGAUAUGUAGUCCAUCUCCUACCUGAAAAAAAAGUCUGUCUACAACAAAAUAUACCUGACAUACCUU